CUGAAAUGACACAAAAAGCUCCAAAAUCGGCGGAAAAAAAACCCAAAAAAAUCAAAAUUUUCCUGGGACGGGAGCGCAGCCCCGGAGCGAUGGCGCCGCUGCAGCUCCCGGCGCUGCUGCUGCUGCUCGGAGCGGGAAUUCCGGGAAUUUUGGGAAAUUCGGGAAUUCCGGGAGUUUCGGGGGUUGCGGCCCCGGGCAGGAACCGCGGGGAGCUCCCAGCUCCCUCCCAGCGCCGCCCUCGCUCCGUGGCCGCCUCCCCGUGGCUCCGCUGGGCUCCGUUCCGCGGCUCCGUCCCCGCCGACGCCGUUUCCAGCCCCGACCCCCUCUCGGGCCGCGCCGCCUUCGUUUGCUCCACGCGCGCCCACGGCUGCAACCUCGGCUCCUUCGAGCCCGCCCGCGGCCCCUUCUGCUCCUACCCCUGGAACGAGCUGGAGCUGCGCAGCUCCGACUUCCAGCUGCUCCUCAACCCCGGCGGCUUCGAGGCGCUGCACUGGGUGGACGAUUCCUUCGGUGGGACCCCGCCGGGCGCCGUCGAGGGCUGUCCCCUGACCGACAUAUUCGUGGGCCGCAGCCCCGAGGGGCUGGGCAAGGUGUCCAAGGAGCAGCAGGCGCUGUUCGUUGCCGUGGAGGGCGAGGAGGUUUGGUACAAGUGGUACCAGGUGCUGGCCGUGCGCCAGGACGCCGUCGACGUCUCCAUCGCCGACGUCUCCUACAACGGCAGCGCGGCGCUGGAGAGCGCCGAGGAUGAGGAGCUGGCCGAGGUGCUGGCCAGGAACGAAGGCUGCCAGGCGGCCUCCAAGGUGGUGGCCAUGGAGGAGGCCACGGAGGUGGAGCAGGGCUGGAGCGCGGCGCUGCCGGCGCUGGCGGCCGCCCGGGGCGUUCUCCGCGCUCCGCCGAUCAUCCUGACGGAGCCGCGCGGGUGGGAUCUGGGCAACGCCACCACCGUGCCGUGGGUCGGCGGCGCCACCGUCACCGAGUUCGUGUCGCGGGUGCACCGAGGCCGGCAGGAGAUCCCGGCGCGCUCCGAGUGCUCGGUGCUGCUCCGGGGGCUCCGGCGGCGCCUCCGGGUCCCGUUCGGGGCGCGGCUGACGCGGGAGUUCCGCUCGGGGCCCCCGCACCGCGUGGCCGUGACGGGCACGGCGUGGAGCAGCGGCGUCACCGGGCUCCGCGUGGAGCUGGGGAGGUGCCAGAGGAUCACCGAGCUGCCACCCUGCCCCAGCUGGGCGUGAAUCCCCAAAAUUGUGGUUUUAACCCCAAAAAAACCCCACAGAUCCAUGGCAUCGCUCGGCUUCGAUGCGGGGUUUUGAGGUUUGUCGCGUGGAGCUGGGGAGGUGCCGGCGGAUCCCCGAGCUGCCACCCUGCCCCAGCUGGGCGUGAAUCCCCAAAAUUGUGGUUUUAACCCCAAAAAAACCCAGGAAUGCUUGGCUUCCACGUGGGGUUUUGAGUUUUGUGGUAUAAAGUGACCCCCAAAAUGCAGAGAAACGGUUCUGGUGUUCUUUUUUUGUGCUCAAAAAUCCAGCAGGAAACCGGGGUUGAACCCCUGAAAUUCUGAUUUUAUCCCCCAAAAAAACCCCACAGAUCCAUGGGAUUGCUCAGCUUUGACGUGGGGUUUUGAGUUUUGAUGCGUGGAGCUGGGGAGGUGCCGGCGGAUCACCGAGCUGCCGCCCUGCCCCGGCUGGGCGUGAAUCCCCAAAAUUGUGGUUUUAACCCCAAAAAAACCCCACAAAUCCAUGGCAUCGCUCGGCUUCAAUGCGGGGUUUUGAGGUUUGUCGCGUGGAGCUGGGGAGGUGCCGGAGGAUCACCGAGCUGCCGCCCUGCCCCGGCUGGGCGUGAAUCCCCAAAAUUGUGGUUUUAACCCCAAAAAAACCCCACAGAUC